UUACCUGAAAUUGCAAAUAUAAAUUAUAUUAUUUUUUUUAUAUAUUCGAUUAAUAAAGGUGUUGGUUCUUGGAGUCACUUUACCUGUGGUCGAUACAUUAUUCCUGCUAAUUGAUGUUUCAGAAACAGUGUGCUUUUACCAAAAAAAACCGAUUCAAUUAGUGCGAAACUUAAAAAACAGCUAUUACGACCAUUAAAGAAAAAAAAUUGUCCUCUAUCUUUAGCUCCAAUGAAAAAUAAUCAAGAACAAAAAAAUAGUUGUGUAGGAACUUUAUUCAAGCCAAUUAAAUGUUCACCAUGUUCACCAAAGAUUAAUAAAAAUUGCAUCAACUCAAAUAAUGAUGAUGAUUUUGGAGUUGACUGCGCCUCAGAUUCAACAAGUUACAGUUCACUGUUAUCUUCACCACCAUCAUCAUCAGGCUCGUUUGAUUCUGGAAUUAAUAGAAAAUUCGAAUCAAAUAAUUCACUUCAAAAUGACAUUAACUUACCUCAAGAUAAUCUACCUCAAAAAUUGCCAAUAGAAAGACAAUUUGAAACAACUAGAUGUAAUUUAAAUGACAAAUUUAAAUCUGAUAAUUCACUUGACAACUCACGGCAUAAAUUUUGUUAUUAUGAUUUAAAAUCAAAGCAACAGUCUUUACCAAUUUCUCGAGUACUUGAUGACUAUGACAUUGCUCAUCUUCUUGGACAGACAGAAUAUUUAUCGUACCUUGAAAAAUCAAAGGAAAAUAACGACAAAUGGAGAAACACUUGGUGA